GCGGAGGGGAGGCCGCGGAGGAGUGGCCGCCGCCAUAUUGAGGGAGCGCUGAGGCCGGGAGCCUGACAGCGGCCGGGGCCUGGCUGUGCAGUGCAGCUGGCGGCACUGCUGCCCUGCCCUCCCCGGUGAGGCCCGACAGACGAACGAGACCCAGCGGCCGAGGGAGCGGCCGGCCGGCCGGGCGCAGGCGAAGCCAGACUGACUUUAGCAAUUGGACCUCAUGAAUCAAAGGCUCUGAGUCUGAAGGCUGCCACAGCUCCCACCUUUUCACCAUGGACCAAGAUUAUGAAAGGCGUCUCCUUCGACAGAUCAACAUCCAGAAUGAAAACACAAUGCCUUGUGUUGCUGAGAUGAGACGAACUUUGACACCUUCCAAUUCUCCCAUGUCUUCUCCCAGCAAACAUGGAGACCGCUUUAUACCUUCUAGAGCUGGAGCCAACUGGAGCAUUAAUUUCCAUAGAAUAAAUGAAAAUGAGAAAUCACCCAGUCAGAAUCGGAAAGCAAAAGAUGCCACUUCGGAUAACGGCAAAGAUGGCCUAGCCUACUCUGCCUUGUUAAAGAAUGAACUACUAGGAGCUGGAAUUGAGAAAGUCCAGGAUCCUCAGACAGAGGACCGAAGGCUGCAGCCUUCCACACCAGAGAAAAAGAGCCUCUUCACAUACUCCCUCAGCACAAAGCGCUCAAGUCCUGAUGAUGGCAAUGAAGUUUCUCCAUAUUCUUUAUCCCCAGUCAGCAACAAAAGCCAAAAGUUAUUAAGAUCUCCACGGAAACCCACCAGAAAAAUUUCCAAAAUCCCUUUCAAAGUUCUUGAUGCCCCUGAGCUCCAAGAUGACUUCUACCUGAAUCUAGUAGACUGGUCUUCCCUCAACGUCCUAAGUGUUGGCCUGGGCACUUGUGUUUACCUAUGGAGUGCAUGUACCAGCCAGGUAACCAGGCUGUGUGAUCUGUCUGUGGAAGGAGAUUCUGUGACUUCUGUGGGCUGGUCUGAACGGGGAAACUUGGUAGCAGUUGGCACACAUAAAGGCUUUGUACAGAUCUGGGAUGCAGCUGCAGGGAAGAAACUGUCCAUGCUAGAAGGUCACACAGCCAGAGUUGGUGCAUUGGCCUGGAAUGCAGACCAGCUUUCUUCUGGGAGCAGGGAUAGGAUGAUUCUUCAGAGAGAUAUCCGAACACCCCCUGUGCAGACUGAACGACGGUUGCAAGGUCACCGGCAGGAGGUGUGUGGGCUAAAGUGGUCCACUGAUCACCAGCUUCUUGCAUCAGGUGGAAAUGAUAAUAAGCUUCUAGUCUGGAAUCACUCCAGUUUAAGUCCUGUUCAGCAGUACACUGAGCAUUUGGCAGCUGUGAAAGCGAUUGCCUGGUCUCCCCACCAACAUGGCUUAUUGGCGUCAGGUGGCGGAACAGCUGACCGCUGCAUCCGCUUCUGGAACACACUCACAGGACAGCCCCUGCAGUGUAUCGAUACUGGUUCCCAAGUAUGCAACCUGGCCUGGUCUAAACACGCCAAUGAACUAGUGAGCACACAUGGAUACUCACAAAAUCAGAUCCUCGUCUGGAAAUACCCUUCCCUGACACAAGUAGCCAAACUAACAGGGCAUUCAUACCGAGUUUUAUAUCUGGCAAUGUCUCCCGAUGGAGAGGCCAUAGUUACAGGUGCUGGAGAUGAGACUCUGAGAUUUUGGAAUGUUUUUAGCAAAACCCGUUCAACGAAGGAAUCUGUAUCUGUCCUAAAUCUCUUCACUAGAAUCCGGUAACUCUCCAAGCCCAAUACCAGGACCACACUACGUUGUACAGGGAAAAACCACUAAUCAACGUGCAUGUCGGAACCCCAAUUAUCAGCUGGAAGAUAAAAGGGGUAGGGCGGGUAGGUGGACCUGGAGAAACCUUCAAGAUUCUUAUUAAAUACCUGAUUGUGAACUCUUUUGAACAGUAUUUGGGAAGGGGACAAGAUUGGGGGGGGAACCACUCAGAUUUUAGGAAGAGCCCAUCCUUCACAGAGGGCAAACAGAAGAGAACCAGAGUGGGCAGCAUCUCCAUUUCACACACCAGACAGGACUGGUGUGACCAGGACCAGCUCAGCUUGAGAACAAGGUUACCUCUUCUGCUCCAUCAUCUCUGAGAAGAGGCGAACAAACAUUCUUCCUUUUUUGUCAUUGUUGUAGUCUGGGGGAAAUGGGGACUGGGGGUCAGGGGAGAAGUCAGACUGCACGUGACCUUAAAGUCAUGGCAGCCCCACACCCCUCUGUUUAAAUGGACAGCUCUGGAAGCCAAGGCCCUUUGGGGCCAAACUUUUUCAUGUAAAAUGGGACAGGAAUUGGGAAACAAUAACCUUUCAAGGGAUUCGCAACUGGGAUUUGGGAUUUCCAGCCCCCAGAAGGUGCCAAAGCUAGAAGUGACCAUCCAGAAGAAGAGUGAAAUGCCAUACUGUGUUCUCCAGUGCACGCCACAUGCUCUGAACUGUCAGCGCCAAAGGCCUGUGGCGAUUGUGUAGGUGGGACAGCUUCUACUGGCAGAUAUAACUACCCAGCUUAAAACACAACGGCGACAUCCAGCACUUAAAUUGUUUAGGGCUUAACAAGCACGAAGGCCUCCACAGAUACAGCAGAAGAAAUGAUUUCAUUGCAGCUCAAUUAAAAUGACUUUUUAAGGAAACAAUAUCAUUGAGAAUGUGACCCAUUCAAAACUCAUCUCUGUAUGUCUUAGCCUUAUGGGGAGAAAUGACCAGUGUGUGAAAGUUGUAGCAGAACCGAGGGAUGUUUGGCCUACCAUAUAUAUUGCCACGUUGGUCAUAGCACCACGUGGUCAAAAAAAGGGUGGGGGGUUGGUUGUUUUUUUUUGUUUUUUUGUUUUGUUUUUUUUAAGGAUGAGGUAAUACUGGGUUGGAUUUGCUAUCAAAGAAAACAAGUUAUUUCAAAUUGUCAUUCUUUUGAAUGGAAAAAGAGGGCAUCAUGUGUUUAUGAAUCUGGACACCAGCUUUUUUUUUUUUUUAUCUUUAUUAGAUCAAAGCUUUUCAGAAAAGCAUUUUUACUUUUCAAAGUGAAAUCUUAAUUCUUUUGUUUCCUACUGGACAGGUGGGGUUCUUGGUGCUUUGGGUGGUACAGUGUGGGGGAUCUUGGGAAGGGCAGUUUAUAUGGUUUUGAGCUUCAAGAAAGAAAAUAUUGCUUCCAGUCACUGCAGUCCUUUCCUCCCCUCUAUGUGCUCAUCCUCAGUCCUGCUGUACAUUUUGCCUUCAUCCCCACUGUUAACUGGAUGUCAGUCUGUCCUGUCUCUUGUUUUCCUUGUUUUGGUUGUUCCUUUCAAUAGACUCUACCCGACCAUGUGGAACAUGUGAGUUCUGAUUAAAGAGCUCAGUAAGGACAAUCUGGGAUUCAAACUCCUGCAUAAAGACUCCAGUGAAGAGCAGUCUCCUUAGGAAAGAAUUGGACAAUUUGGACCUGACAAAUUAUAGUUAAUGUGUGAGUUCCUUAGAGCUUUAGGUAAAAACAUCUUUGAAAUACAGUGCCUGGCUCUUCCUCCACCCUUAUCCUUUGGGCAGUUCUUUGGCCAACCUCGGGGUGCCUGUUGUAGCCAAACCACCAUCUGAGCCUUUCAGUCUUUCGCCUUCCCCUUCCAUGCCCUCUCAUAGCUACCUUUUAAGCUGGAGUGACACGGCCCAGACUUCUGUGACUCAGGUCAAAACUGAGCAGCCUGUCACAGCAGUUCCUACCUCAGAGGUUUAAGCCCUUGAGGGCCUGUUCUUGGAGUAGGAAAGAGCACUAGGUGGGGAGAAAAAAAACCACCAGGAGAGACUUGAUACCUUUGGUGCUGGUCACUUGUAAGGACUGUCCCCACUCUUGCCCUGAAUUUCAGGGUACUCUGAAAACCCCAUGUUGGGAAAGGCGGGUGAAACCAGGCGGCCACCCAUUCCCUAGGGGACCAGAGGCUCCACUAGCCAGCUGUGCCAUUGGAAAACUGGGAUGGGGCAAUCGUAAGCAUUGUUAAGUAGAGCAGUACGCUGGCAGGAAACAACACUGAGGUGGAGAAAAGGAUGGGUUUUGCCAACAAGCCCAGGUUUGCUCAACUUCCUAGCUCGAAUGCCAAUCCCCAAUGCCUUAGGUUAUAUUUCAAAUACAGGUCUCACCUGUCUCUUGGGUCUACACUGUGCAGCUGCUUCUAAGCUAAAAAGAGAAUAGUCAAAGCACAGGUGAGAAUUUUAUUUGGAUUUAUUGGAAAGCUCUACUUUUUGAAAUGUUUCCUUUGCUCUGUGACUUUCCUUGAGCCCUCCCAUAUGUGUGUGUCUGUGUGUGUACAUACGUAUGUGUUUGUGGUGGUUUUUUUUUUUUUUUUUUUUUUGGUUUGUUUCAUGUGUUUGAAACUCAUGAUUUUCAUAAAACUUAGCCUCAGAAAAGCAUGAGCAAAGCAGAUAAUAAAGGGAAAUAACCAGCCAGGUCUCUGCACAGAGUUUUUCAGGUUUUUGCUCUUUUUAAUGGCUGAUGAAUGUGCACGUUUUUUUAUGCCUCUUAAAAUUUUUAUUUUUAAAAUCAAACGUGAUUAAACUGGACAGCUGAGAAACUGAAUUUCAUCCCACACCUAAUCAGAGGCAGUAAGAGUAUCUUCUCAAUGGAAUUAAUCUCUUACCCAAGCCUCAUAGCCUUGGGAAGAAAGGCCAUUGAAGCUGUGAGUUCUGUUCUAGGCCCUGUUAACAUUCAUCAAGAAUCCUUAGGGAAGUUUACCUGACUGCCCAGGGGCACCAAAGAGACUUUGCUGGGAGAAGAAAUACAAGUAUAUGUGUGUGUGUGCGUGCGUGCGUGUGUGUGUGUGUAUAUACAUAUAUAUAUUUUUUAGUUUUUGUUUUGUUUUUUUCAAUGAUAAAACCAACUCCCGCCUUGUCCCCAUCCCUUGCCCUGUGCAGUUGCCAAAGGAAUUCAGGUUCAGGGAACUGCCCUCAGACAAGGUCUCGCUGGUUCCAUGCGUGUGGGGGCGGGAGGGGGAGCUGUAUGCAUGCCUAGAUCUGUGCAUAGAAUCUUGUGUCAUUGAUUGUGCAAAACAAUUGGCUGUCCAGUGUCUGCUGAAUUCAACUUGUAAAUGAGACAACAAAAAAGUGAAAUAUUGUAUUUUCCAUGUAUGAUCUGUGACAUUACUAAGUUGUACAGUUUUGAGGUGGUUUGGGGAAGAGUGGGGAAUUUCUUCCUCCAGAAUUUAUACAGGCCAGUCCACAGAGCGGGAGGCUUGUCCCACAUGUUGCAUCAAAAGGUGGAGAGUAUAUAUUGAGAGAACAGUGUAAGUUUUUCAUGUAAAGCAAUGUAACUGGCAUUAAACAAGUUGUAACUUUAA